AUGGGUUCCAUUGCACAUUUGUCCAAACAUGCCAUCAAACUACAAGGAGCAGGAGGCGCCUGUGCGCAAGGAACCCGACCCUCCCAGCAGGACAAAUAUACUAUAAUCCUUCCGGACCAGAUCCCCAAGACGACCAUCACCGACGACCUGGCCAUCUUCGCGGUCUACGACGGACAUGGCUCCAGGAAAGUCGCCGAGCACGCAAAGAAACACAUCAUGGACCUCCUCUUUGAAGGCGACACGCUACAAGCCGGCCGGUACGAAGACGCCAUCCGACAAGCUAUACGGAAAGAAGAGGGAAUGCUGCUUGACGAAUAUCAGGACGGGGAGGAGAAAUUCGCGAUCGCUGGAUCGACGGCCUCACUGGCGAUUAUCAACCUUACCACGGGCGUGCUGGUGGUAGGGAACCUAGGCGAUUCUCAUAUCGUCCUCGGCGAGUGCGAUAUAACGGGGCAAAUGGAGACUGUGGACCACAAACCUGAUUGUCCGAGAGAGAAGGAGAGGAUUGAGAGGGCUGGGGGGAUGGUCAACUACACCUCGGACACUCCGCGGAUAGGAGCUUUGAAUAUGUCCCGAGCACUCGGAGAUCUGCAGUAUAAAAACCCCCUGAACAAUGAUACUGCAGGCCCAAGCACGGCAGGCCAGGAACUGGCGGCCAUGACGCCGGCGCUUGAACAGGGCAACUUUUUGUCCACGGAACCGUCCGUCACCCGGGUAGAUCUGCGGGAAGAUCGUCGGUAUAUCCUUGCCUUGACCACGGAUGGUGUCACCAACGUGCUGGAAGAUAAUGUCAUCAUCGAUGAAAUCAAGAAGCGGCAUGAAGGGGGACUGGGGGUGCAGCAGGUGGCAGACGGGCUUGUCCGGGAUGUUGCAGAGGGCUUGCGGAGGGAUAAUGCUACAUGUAUUGUGGUGUUUCUUGAUGGAAGUUUGUCUUGA